UCUGCUUACUACACCUCCACUGGAUCAAUGGAUUCAAACACACACACACACACGGGAGCUCCCAAUCCACCUCACUGGCCACAGCUCAGUAACAAGUGAGAGAAGGGACUGUCUCCCUCCCUCUCGUCAAACCUCUAUCUCCCCCGCCAUCUGAGCAAUGGACCAGGAUAUAAAACACUCCGGAUAGCUGAUUUGCUUCGAUAGUUGUAAAGAAAGCUCUCUCUCUCUCUCUUUUCUGCCAGCGUUCUCUCUUUCGAGUUUCUGCUUUAAAAAAAAAAAGAUUCGAUGAUUUUUAAAAAGAUUCAACUUCCCAUCCACAACGAGUGCUGUGAAAAGAUCAACCAGAGCGGGGAGAAGCACGCGGAUUGUUCUGGACGUUAACAGAUUCCGAGGUUUUGGUCAAUUAUGGCGAUUGUUGGAUUAAUGCUGCGAAAACUAGUUUUCCUAUUGUGGUGGCAGAAUUUAAUCGGCCGAGAAUCCCAAGCCUCUGGCUCACAGAUCAAAAGGUUCACUUCACUCAGAUUUGUUUCUGAACCUUCGGACACUGUAACCGUGCGUGGUGGCUCAUUCCUCCUGAACUGCUCGGCAACGGCAGACCAGGGCCCGGUGAAUAUUGGCUGGAGAAAGGACGGCGUCUUCUUAAACCCGGCAAUGGAUGAGAGGAGGCAGCUGAUGCCCGACGGCUCCCUCAUGGUACAGAAUGUGAUCCACACAAGGCACCAUCGCCCCGAUGAAGGACUCUACCAGUGCGAGGCGUCAGUGCUUGGAGACGGCUCGAUAGUGAGCAGGACAGCUCGGUUAACUGUGGCAAGUCCGCUGAGAUUUAUCUCGCAGACGGAGUCAGUCGCGGCUUAUGCAGGAGACCUUGCCGAGCUGAAAUGCGAAGUUACCGGCGAGCCCAUGCCUUCCAUUCAUUGGCAGAAAAAUCGCAUUGAUCUGCAGCUAACUGCUGAUGAUCUCCGCAUGGCCGUUCUCCCGUCCGGUUCCUUGGUGAUUAGCAAGCUUCAGACAGGGGACAGUGGGUCCUACAGGUGCCUAGCAGAAAACCCCGGCAGCUCAAGGACUGGGAACGACGCUGAACUUCAGGUUUUGUCUGAACCUGGCGUGCACAGACAAGUUACGUUCAUUCAGCGACCCCUGAACACAGCUGUCCUGGAAGGACGAGAUGGGGUUAUGGAGUGUUGUGUUUCUGGAUUUCCAGCCCCAACGAUCACAUGGAAGAAAGGGGAUGAAAUUGUUCAGAUCAGGUCCAAGAAAUACUCGUUAAUGGCUGGAAGUAACUUACUCAUCAAAAGUGUGGUGGAACAAGACUCUGGGUUUUACACGUGUGUCGCCAACUAUGAGAAUAAGACGUUCAGUGCCUCAGCAGAGUUCACUGUGAUGAUUCCUCCGAGCUUUGUUAAGCGUCCUUCCAACCUUUAUGCUUACGAGAGUAUGGACAUUGAGUUUGAAUGUGCAGUCACUGGGAAGCCGGUACCCACUGUGAGGUGGAUAAAGAAUGGAGAAGUGGUCAUUCCCAGCGAUUACUUCCAGAUUGUGAGUGGCAGUAACCUGCGCGUGCUGGGAUUGGUGAAGUCAGACGAGGGCUUUUACCAAUGUGUCGCGGAGAAUGACGCUGGCAAUGUGCAGACAAGCGGACAGCUUAUCAUUCCUGAACCUGCCUUACCAAGCUCCAGUGUCCUUCCUUCUGCCCCUCGUGAUGUGGUCCCUGUCUUGGUCUCCAGCCGCUUUGUCCGACUUAGUUGGCGCCCUCCUGCCGAGACGCAUGGAAGCAUCCAGACCUACAUGGUCUACUUCACCAGGGAAGGUGUUAACAGGGAGCGUGCGUUAAAUACUUCGCAAUAUGGAGACCUGCAACUUACUGUUGGAAAUUUGAAACCAGAAGAAGUGUAUACAUUUAGGAUCAUAGCCUACAAUGACUUUGGACCAGGGCAGAGUUCGCAACCUAUUAAAGUAUCUACUCAGCCUGAACUGCAAGUCCCAGGACCAGCAGAAAAUUUUAAAGUCAUCUCCACCUCACCGACCUCUAUCGUUGCUUCCUGGGAUCCACCUGCUUAUGCAAGUAAUCCAAUCCAAGGUUAUCGGCUGUUUUGGACAGAGGUUGCUGGCAGAAAGGAACUGAGCAUCGAUGUGGAUAAUUUGUAUUAUAAACUGGAAGGACUGAAGAAGUUCACCAAGUACAGUUUACGAGUGUUGGCUUUCAACAGACACGGUGCCGGUGUCUCUACCCAGGAUGUGUUGGUUAGCACAUUGUCUGAUGUGCCCAGUACAUCGCCUCAAAAUGUCUCGCUGGAGGCAGCAAAUUCACGAAGUAUAAAGGUCAGCUGGCUGCCACCACCAUCCAAUACACAGAAUGGCUUUAUUACUGGAUACAAAAUAAGGCACAAGAAGAUUGGCCGCAGGGGUGACACGGAGACCCUCGAGCCUAAUAAUCUUUGGUACCUCUUUACAGGUCUGGACAAAGGUGCACACUACAGCUUUCAAGUUUCAGCCAUGACCGUGAACGGAACAGGCCCAUCCUCCGACUGGUUUACAAUAGAAACACCAGAGAAUGACCUGGACGAAUCACAGGUUCCAGACCAGCCAAGUUCUCUUCAUGUCAGGCCUCUGACAACAAGCAUCGUGAUGAGCUGGACUCCACCGUUGAACCCAAACAUAGCCGUCCGAGGUUACAUAAUCGGCUACGGAGUGGGCAGCCCCUAUGCUGAGACGGUGCAGGUCGACAGCAAACAGCGAUAUUUUUCCAUUGAACACCUAGAGCCAAGCUCUCAUUACGUCAUUUCUUUGAAGGUCUUUAACAAUGUGGGGCAGGGAGUCCCUCUGUAUGAGAGCGCAACCACCAGAGCAUUGUCAGACCCUGUUGAUCCCUUAGAUGUUGAUUUGUUUCAUUUGUUCGAUGACCUUCCUACCUCAGUCCCAGAUACCUCCACCCCCAUGCUACCACCUGUAGGUGUUCAAGCCGUGGCAGUCAGUCACGACUCCGUCAGGGUCAGCUGGGCAGAUAACUCAGUGCCUAAAAACCAGAAGGGAACACCAGACAUCCGCAUUUAUACUGUUCGAUGGAGAACAAGCUACUCUGCCAAUGCCAAGUACAAAUCUGUGGAAGCAACAAGUUUGAGUCACACGGUUACAAAUCUCAAACCCAACACCAUGUAUGAGUUCUCCAUCAUGGUGACCAAAGGACGGAGGUCAAGCACAUGGAGUAUGACAGCACAUGCUACAACAUAUGAGGCUGCUCCUACCUCAGCCCCAAAGGACCUGACUGUUAUUAGCAGAGAAGGAAAGCCUCGAGCCAUCAUCAUUAGCUGGCAACCACCCUUGGAAGCCAAUGGAAAAAUUACAGGGUAUUCGUUGUUUUAUACAGUGGAGAAGAAUGCUCCGAUUGAUGAGUGGAUAAUGGAGUUAGUCAGUGGUGAUAGACUGACCCACCAGAUUCUGGAUCUCAAUUUGGACACUCUCUAUUAUUUCCGGAUCCAAGGAAGAAACGUCAAGGGCCUGGGACCCCUGUCUGAUCCGAUUCCAUUCAAGACACCCAAAGUUGAACACCCUGACAAAAUGGCUAAUGACCAAGGAAGGAGUAUACAUGGAGAAGGAUCAUUUUGGCCAGCAGAUACCAACUUAAUUGACAGGAGCAGCUUAAAUGAGCCUCCAAUUGGUCAAAUGCAUCCACCUCAUGGCAAUGCGACUCCUCAAAAGAAUAGUAAUCUACUGGUGAUCAUUGUGGUCUCCAUCGGUGCAAUUAUGGUGGUGGUGAUUAUUGUUGUCGCUGUGAUUUGCACCCGUCGAUCUUCAGCACAGCAGAGGAAAAAGCGUGCCGCACACUCUGGUGGCAAGCGAAAGGGGAGCCAAAAGGACUUGAGACCUCCAGACCUCUGGAUACAUCAUGAAGAAAUGGAGAUGAAGAAUAUUGAGAAGCCCUCAGGCCCUGAUCCAUCGGUGAGAGAUUCGCCCAGGCAACAAAGCUGUCAGGACAUCACCCCUGUGAGCCACAGCCACUCUGAGAACCAACUUACCAGUAAAAGUGGCUCCCACUCAGGUCAUGAUCCUGAUGAAGCUGGAAGCAGUAUGUCUACAUUGGAACGUUCUCUAGCGGCUCGAAGAGGAACCCGACCUAAGCUGAUGAUUCCCAUGGAUUCACAGCCCAACAAUCCACCCGUUGUCAGUGCGAUUCCCGUUCCAACGCUAGAGAGUGCCCAAUAUCCUGGCAUACUGCCGUCUCCGACCUGUGGGUAUCCCCACCCACAAUUUCCAUUGCGUGCCAUGCCGUUUACUACACUGGCUGUUGACCGAGGCUAUGGACCAAGUCUCCUCCAUUGUCAGAGUGAGGCUAAACGCAAAUUGGAGGAACAGCAUCUCAUAUUUCGCUUGGGUAGCUUACAGCCCAGUGCCAUGAGUGAGGUUCAAACCACACACCUCCAGCAGCCUGCCAUGUUGACCCAGACACAGCCCGAGCAUCCAUCAGGGGAGGAGGCCCCGAGCAGAACUAUUCCCACGGCCUGCGUGCGGCCCACUCACCCUCUCCGCAGCUUCGCCAACCCCCUGCUACCUCCACCCAUGACUGCACUGGAGCCCAAAGUUCCUUACACACCUCUUCUCUCUCAACCAGGUUCCAAUCUCUCGUUGAGUCACGGUAAAACGGCUUCCCUGGGAUUGGCCGGGAAAGCGAGAUCUCCACUGCUUCCUGUUUCUGUUCCGACAGCCCCAGAAGUCACCGAGGAGAGCCACAGGACAGAGGAGCAAUCUAAUGUGUAUGAGCAGGAUGACUUGAGUGAGCAAAUGGCCAGUCUGGAGGGCUUAAUGAAGCAGUUGAAUGCCAUCACAGGCUCAGCAUUCUAACCACCAUCACUACCUGCUAGAGACAUAUCAACCAGGAGCCAGGCAGCAUGCCAGUAUUUAUGUACUGACCUUGGCACACCCUGUGUGCCCUCUUCAGCAACUUUCAGUUCAAACAAGGAAAUGCCUCGAAGGGACAUUGUUCAUGUUGACUACCAUUCCAUUGCUCACCUGUAUAUACCAUACCAUCUUAGCGACACACACUGGAAUUCUGUUAAUGCCCGGCUCAGUAUAUUUCACUUACAAUUUACCUGGGCAGCUCGAGCAGAGAGAUUGCCCAGCUUAGCCCAGGAAAGGGAGGUGGGGUUGUGGGAUGUGGAGUGCAAGUGGGAUGGGUAUUGUUAUGGCGGUGAAAUAGAGUUGGUGAGAAUGUACUCCUUCCACAGGCGUCCACCAUAAUACAAGUUUAGAAUAGUCUGAGAAUACCGUCCCAAAACUAAGAGGUUGGUUGAGAAAGUAGGGGAACUUUUCAGAUUUUAGCCAGUGUUUUAAUACUCACUAGAUUGCUAGGCACAUAGUAAAUAAAGAAAAGAGAAAUGGAGCAAUUUGAUACCGGCAAAUAGGUAUUGAUUAUUUGAAAAGAAUGUAGACUACAGGCAGGAUGCCAGCAUGAGGCAAUAAUUCAAAGUGUGUCGGCUUUCAUUUAAAAGGGGCCUCCAGGCUAAGAAAGUUUGUUAACUGCAGAAUCAACAUUUCCUCUCUGCUUUGGUGUGUGUUCACCACUACUGUCCCCUUUCCCACCUUCAUUAACAUAUUGGUGAUCUGCUGCAUUUGACUCAAUUGAAGGUGAUGACAUCAAAUUUCAGAAGUGCAGCACUAUACCCUGUAUAGGGAUGCUGCAAAUUUGCACAUUUCGAUUCAUCAAUCUGAGGACAGAUGUCUCCCUCCUCUAGCUCUUGAUGUAUCAACUGCUUAAAUGGCAAUUUUACUUCCCCAUUUGAAGUGCAAAAAUAUAGCCAUCCAAGUUUUGAGAUUUUGUUUGCUGUAUCUAGUUGCAUACUAACAAGCUACGCUCUGAGGUUUAUUUAUUUAUUGUGGGAACAUAUAGGUUAAAGAUUACAGCAGAUUCAUAGAACAUCUAGUCACUUUGCAGCCUGUUAUAUUUCCUCUUGGAGGCAAAAUUACUAAAGAUUGUUAUAUUUUGCUCACCUUUGAUACGAGCAAAAUAACAGCCAAACAUAUAAUGUUCUAAUAUUAUCAGCCCAUAAAUGGUUCAGAUACAAAACAAUUGCAGAUGCUUGAAAUCUAAAGGAAAGGAGAAAAUAUUGGUACUCAGCAGGUUAGUCAGCAUGUUUGGGGAGAGAAAAAAAUAGUUCAAAUGAAAGGUCUUUAAUUUCAUUAACAUUUCUAGAAUUUUCCAUCUUUUUAUUUGUAAAUCAUAUAUCAAUUGCGAUAAAAUAAGCCUCUUACAUUGUUGGGCAAUUAAUUAUAUUACCCCAUCCCUUAUCAAAACACAAUUUUCAUGUUCUCUUGAGUUUCAUUUGAAAUCAUAACUUUAUAAGAAUUUUUUUUUAAGGAAGUACACAAAAUACAUUUUUGUCUAUCAAAUAGGAACUCUUAUGAGAGUUUGAGUUCCUUCUGGUAACCAGACAUUAGGGGAGAAAAUCAUUUUUGUUUCAUACAUUUUUUGAGGCAUUGAUUCUGAUUCUUUGUAUAAAUUUUACAAUGGUACAUCGUGCAGUGGCUACUUUCCCUUCCAAUUAAUAUGGCCCCAUAAGAAUAUAUAAAUUUAGGACAUAUAAUUGCACGUUUUGGGAACCUUCUCAGAUAAUUGCCAAAAAGAGAGCAACCUGAGACUGUGAUAUUUAACAUUAUCUUCAUUAAGCUGUGAUCCUGUAAUUGAAGAGAUAUUUGAAGCACAGUCUACCCACGUUAUUACGGAUUUUGGGCGUAGUGGACCCAUAGUGGUCCCACAGUAAUCAGACACCACUGUCUCUUUAAAAACACAGGGCUAGUUGCACUGCAGGAGGUCAAAAUUGACAAGCAAUUGCUUUGAUCAGCACUUGUGCAAUGAGACUCUAUUGAGCAAUGUAACAGACAACCUUUAGUAUUUUCAGCUUGCAGUAAC